UCCACUGACAAGAAGAGAGCUCUUGAGUCAGGUAUCAGGGGUAUAUGAUCCAGUAGGCUUAGUGACUCCAGCCAAACAAAAGGGAGCAAUUCUGGUUCGCAGAGCUUUUCAAGAAGCAAAGAAUACAAGACUUCAAGUAAAUGAAACUUGGGAUGCUGCUCUCUCAGAUGACCUUAGAGAAGAUGCUAUCAAACUCUUUGAGGAAUACAUCCAACUACGCCAAAUUAAAUUCACAGGAGCCAUAACACCUCCAGAAUUUGAAGGACACCCCUGGGCGAUAACCUUUUCUGACGGAAGUGAAAACACUUAUGGUGCUGUAAUGUACUUGAGAUGGGACUCAAAACAGGGCCCAGUAAUCAGGCUUGUGGAGUCCAAAGCUAAGCUGACUCCUUUAGACCAAAAAGGAGAUGCUAUCAAGGCAGAGGUGUGCGGAGCUGUGUUCGCCUCACGUUUGCGAAAGUACUUUGAGCAGCACAGCCGAAUUCAAGUGGAGAGAUGGUUCCAUUUAGUUGAUAGCCAAACAGUACUUGGUGCUAUACAACGUGAAAGCUAUGGCUACAAAACAUUCUUCGCCAAUCGGAUCGGGGAGAUACAAGGAAUCACAAAAGCGCAAGAGUGGUGGUGGAUACCAGGCCCACAAAACAUUGCUGAUGUGAUAACUAGAGGAGCUAGCCCUCAAAAUCUCGAUGAAAGUUCAGAGUGGCAAAAUGGGCCAAGAUUCCUGAGAUUACCAGUAGAUGAAUGGCCAGUCAAGUCAGCUAAAGACUUAGCUAUCACUGCCCGAGAAAGCAUUAACGAACUUCAAAAGAAAGCGUUUGCAGCUGUAUUGACAAGGUCAAAAACAAAGCAAAAGGAGCCGACUAUGGAGUCGAAACCAAUUGAGAGCCCCAACCUAGUUCGAGCGGAACAAAAAAGACCACCAGCAGGCUUAGCUGUCCUGAACUUGUGUGACAUAAAGCGGUUCAGUGACCUGUCACGACUGGUUAAAACAAUAGCAUGGGUUUGGAGAGCUGCAAAGAAGUUUCUCGGCAAAAAACGGACUGUAAAUAAACCAAAGUGGGAGGCAGUCUUGUCAUUAGGAACCAUUUCAGUAAGAGAAAGAGAAGAUGCUCUACGAGACAUUUUUCUUGCUGAGCAAGAGGGGGUAACCUUUCCAAACACCACUAAAGAGAGGUUAGUUGUCUUUAAAGAUCCAGACUCUGGAUUGUUGAUCUGCGGUGGCAGGGUGCAGGUCUUUCAAGAUGAUCAGCUGAGUGUUCCAAUUCUUCCUUCCAAUUCAUGGAUUUCCACAUUACUAGCUCAAGAAUCUCACAAGGAGAGCCACGGAGGCUUGGCUGAGACUCUGCUUAGAAUGCGAAGGAGAGCCUGGGUAUUAAAAGGCAGAAGAAUAGCACAAAAAGUUGUGGACAGCUGGGUACAAUGUAGGAAGAACAAAGCAAAAAAGUGUCAGCAAGUAAUGGGUGAUCUUCCUUUAGAAAGAACCCAACCAGCUGCACCUUUCGAGUUCACAGCAUUGGAUCUUUUCGGACCUUACCAUGUGAAAGAUGAUGUCAAGAAGAGAGUCUUGCUGAAAGUCUGGGGUGUUGUUUUUUGUUGUAUGUCGAGCAGGGCAAUCCAUACAGAACUGGUUAACUCUCAGUCAACCGAAGGUUUCUUACUGGCCUUUCAAAGAUUUGCUGCAAUUAGAGGCUAUCCCAGAAAGAUUUUUUCAGAUCCUGGUACCAAUUUCAUUGGAGCAAGACCAGUUUUGCAAGAUCUGUACCAAUUCCUGGAGGGAAUUGACAAAUCUACCCUGGAGGAAACAGCAGUAAAACACGGAACUGAGUGGAUCUGGAAGAUUCACCCAGCUGAUUCCCCACAUAGAAAUGGAGCUGCUGAAGCUGCAGUGCGCAUUAUCAAGAGGGCACUCCAAAACUGCGGAGGGGAGUCCACCCUCACAUACAGUGAAAUGCAUACAGCCCUUCAAAUAGCAGCUAAUCUUGCUAAUGAGCGACCAAUCGAUGCCAGGGCACAAACUCAGGAAGGCUGCAUUCAAUAUGCAACGCCAAAUUCGCUAUUGCUCGGACGAGCGUCUCAAAGUGGUGACAUUAAAACUUUUGACUUUUCCAGCUAUCCCUUCAAAAGACUCCAAGCAAUGCAGUCAUUGGUGAAUAAGUUUUGGGAACGUUGGAGCCAGCUUGCAGGUCCUAAUUUAUUCAUAAGGAGCAAGUGGCACACCACGCACAGAAAUGUCGCAAUUGGAGAUAUUGUCUGGAUCGCAGAUCAGAAUGCACUCAGAGGACAAUACAAGCUUGGCAGAGUAAUCAGUGUCAAUCCAGACAGUAAAGGUGUCGUAAGAGAUGUAAAUAUAAGAACAUUCCCAAGUUACCCUGUUCUCAAAACCAUCUAAAGCAAGGGCAAAUUCUUCGGAGUCCAAAAUCGGUCGAGAGAAGAUCCCGAGUACUGUCCUUCACAGAGAUGUCAGACGGCUAGUUGUUCUACUUCCUGCAGAGGAACAAAAGAGUAAAUAAUUCAGAGAACAUCCUUUUGAAAGCUAAAAGUAAUCGAACUAAACAGUUUGCCUUCAAAGAGAUGCGAUUUCCUCUUUAUCCCAAGAAAAUCGAGUGGGAGGUGUCAAGUCAAACUAAUAUAGAAGGAGAAAAAAAAAAUCCAUCCGCCAGUCGGAGGGAGAGGCGGAAGGACAUGCAGUAGUUCGGCAUUCACGUAAGGAAAAAGGAAACUGAAACUUAACCAGAACAGAAUCUCCGCCAAAACGAAACCUCCGCCAAAGCCGAAUCUCCGCCAAAAUUGAGAAAGAAAGUGCACAACAGUUAAAAAACCAUCAUCAAGUCCCGGAGUGGCAGCCGGUUUUUCACCUUUCAACUUUCUACUUUCUACUUUCAACUUUCCAACGUUAUACUUUUUACCUGCCUUUCUGCUGCAUUUAUGAUGCAAUAAAUGGAUGAGUGGAAUCCAGUUAAAACUC